UAGAAUGGAACGGAAUCAUUGAACUCAUUGAAGUGAAAAUUCAUACGCCGUGAUUAGUGUGAAAAUAAAUGUUUGUUUUUAACUUAGUUGAAUUUUAAACGGUUCAGCGUGAGCUUUAUGUGCGUUAACAGUAAAAUAAGGGUUCUUCGAAACACCAUCUGUGGCUCAGGUUUCUGCUGUUGUUGCUGGUAAUCAAAGGAGAUCUCUCCACACCACACCACUAGAAAUACCCUCUCAGCCCUCACACUUCUCAUGGAUUGAACAGUUAUUUUCAAGAUGACAGAUAACGGGCUCCCUCUCGUCAUGUCUCCAGUACAACUUGUUCCAUUUCAGUACUCAAUGCCGCCACCUCCAAUGUUGAUGGGCCCACCUCCUCCACCGCCGAUAUCGACAGCCUCUGGAGCAGCAAACUGGGGUAUCAGUGCAGAAUGGCAGGGACUGCUGUGUCAGCAAGUGCAGCAGCAACAGAUGCACCAGCAGCAAAUGCAGCAGCAACAGCAGAUGCAUCAGCAAAUCCAACAACAGAUGCAACAGCAACAAAAGCAACUGUCACAACAACAAUCACAGCAGCCAUUAGUUGCUGCAUCUGUCGCUAGUUACAGUAUGCAGAUGCCCUGGGCCAAUGGGGGUGUUCAGCUCACUAGUUCUCAGAGGAACUCUCCCUAUAGUCGACCUCCGACAACAACGACUAAUGAUGGAUUUGCUGUGCCGUGGCCACCAAGAGCUCGUUUCAACAGGAAUAGCAAAAGUGCACCCAAUAAAUUCAGACGGGGAAAUGAGGGGAGUACAAAUGGAGAGGCAAGGAGGAGACGAAAAAAGAAAUCUCUAUUUGAAGAAUAUAUAUCCACCAAACCUUGGAACAAAGAAGAUGCUGUGAAGGCGUUGACAGUUGAAACAGAUCUGAUGAACGAGCGGACAGAAAAGACAGUCAUCAUCCGUUUCCCAGAUCCUGACCUUUCAAAAAGUAUCGUACAGCGAUAUCAUCCAGAUAUCAAAUCAGUACAUUUCCAAGCUCCUAGCGAUCAAAGAUUUUGUUAUGUGCAUCUAGAAGAUGAUGUAGAUGUAGAUGAAGUUAUUGAAAGUUUGAACAAAACAAAAUUUGGCACAGGCUACUUAUCAGCCGAGCGAAAACCGGUUACUAAUCAGAAAUGUGACAGUAACACAGAUGUCAUUGAAUGUAUAGACCCAUAUACAUUAUACGUUGGGAAUUUACCUGCCAACACAACCACAAUGACUUUGCUGGAGCAUUUUCCUACUUCAACCAUCAUCAAAAUCAGUCAGGAGCAAAGAGUCAUCUCUCAUAUGUGGGCAUUUGUUGCAUUCAAGACUGUAGAUUUAGCAAUUGAAGCGCUUAAAUCUACGCGGAACUUGAAAAUAGACAGCAGGAAUAUAGCAGUACGAUUCCGCAGAGGAGCUAAGCCAUUAAAUUCAAAGAACAAAGAACAAGCUAAGGAUGGAAGCAACUCAAAAGAAACUUCCAAACAAUCUCAAGAGAUGAUUGAGCCAAAGAAAGAACCAAUUGACGACUAUGAACGGAUCCGUGGUGUUGAAAUCGACGAUGAGUACGAUGAACCUUCGGUGGAUGACGAGCUUGACUCGGUGAUGGGCGACUAUGACCAAGAUUACGAUGAUGAUGAUGAAGAUGUGGAAUUUGUAGCACCAAAUGGCUACCAUGACCAGGAUUUCGAGGAAGAUGAUGAUGAGGUCAUGGCAUUCCACUCCCUACCGCUCUCACUCCCUCAGACGGUUGUUUGCAAGAAAGAAGAGAAACAUUUCUCUCACCCAAAUGAUGUCGAUGAUGAGGAUGAUGAUGAUGAUACUGAUGUUUGGCGUUUGCGAUGAUUUUAAAGCUGAUGCUAUAGUAGAAAGUGGUAUCCUGUUCAUUUGAUUGUCUACAAUAGUCUCUUCAAAUCUUUCAUCCAAUAUCAGAUUGACCUCUAGUCAUGCUUGCAUCACUUAAGUACCUUACUCAGGAAAGGAUUUAUUACUUCUGUUAUGGUGAUCUUGUCUGAUUUGAUUUUGCUAUGUUUGUAGAUCAGCUUAAUUUUAUCAGGCUCAGUUCAGUUUAAAUUUGUCAUGCAAUUCAAUUUUAAUUGGCAGUGCCGGUGUAUAGAUUUGAUCCUUCGUGGAGACUGCUCAGUAUUACAAGGAAUUGUUGGGCUGGGCUCAAAAGUGCAUAAAGUUCUUAUGCCUCCUAUUUUUCCAACUAGCUUUCCCACUUUUAAAAAACUCUUUUCCCCAAAAUGUUCUAAGCUAAAGCCUUGUUUUCACUAUCAUUCACAAAUGGCUGCAAUAUUAUAAAAUAACGAAAAACAUACAUAAUUCACCGCAAUUUUUCAGAGAAACGCAAUUUUAAAGCUACUACAAGCCGGCCUCUUUGCAGCCAUUUAUUUGUUAUGAAAGGGAAGUCUUUACAACCCUGCUGAGCUGAGGUGGAUUUUAUCGUAUGAACGAAAAUGAAAUGAAUGAAUCAUUUUAUUUUUUUUAUUUUAUAGUAUGAAUUUUUGACAAAUAGGACUAAUAUCUCACAAUCAGUAAAUUAUUUCAACUGAAUCAUUGUUCAGUUCAGGCUUUCUCAAUUUAAUCUAGGAGUGUUAAACUCUCUUUUUAGCCCGUUGAAUGAAAAUUUGGUUUUCCAAUGGUGGCAGGAUCUAUUCAACGUAAUUUAGCCUAGAGCCAAGGCCUUAGUGCGCCAAUUUUUUAAGGGAACCUAAAGGUUGCCGUCUUCAUUCUUUCAUUGAAUCCAGGUGCAAGAAUCAAGAUGGUGCAACCUCUGUCUCACUUUAAAAAAAAGUUAGUUGACUAAUCUGACCUAGCUCUAACCUUUUCUUAACAUUGUAUUUUUUUCAUCACAUGCUUUUUAUCUCAGUCUAUCUACUUCUAGGCGAAGUAAAAGUAACUGAGCCACCGACUCAGUCACCUAAAUUUUUUCAUGAACUCUUCCGGUAUCGGUAAGGAAAAUUUUGUUUAAGAAAAACAGUAGAAAUGAAGUUUCAAGUUUAUAGAUUUUCUUUUCACUUCUCUCUCUAUUGAUCGAUUAUCAGUAUUCAUAAGAAACCCAAGGUUCCUGCUACAUGUAGAAUUGAGUUUUCCUUCCUUAAGAAGAAUUAAAAAAUUAGGGAAACAGUUUCCUAUUUUUUUCAGCCCUCUGACUCUUUGAAAUUUAGUGUUGUAUGAGGAAAAUUUGUUUCAUUUUUCAUUUUUUAACUGGAGGACAAGAGUCUCAGUACUUUGUUCACUUUUAUUUAUAUUUCUAUUGUGAGAUUCUAAUUUACAUUGUAUAAUGCAUACCAGUUUUAUUGGACAAAAACGGAACCCGUUAUUUCAGGGUAACUUGACAAACUUAAGUUGCAUUUUGCAUCUCUCUUUUUUGUGCCACGUCACAAAAGGUGAGGAGAAAUUAAAAGGAUCUAUUCGAUGGUGGGAUACCACUCAGCUCUCUUUAAAAUUUUCACCACAGAAAUUUUUUUUUUUUUAUUAUGGAAAAGAUUCUGUACAGAUUAAGGACAAUUUACGAUCAACUGUGAGGUUUAGUAAAGUUUUUGUCACAUUUUACCUGGUUUAGUGUUAUAUGUUUAGUGAACGUUAAUUAUUUAGUAGUUUAAGGCUGUGAUAGUCGCAGGACUAACAUUUUUACUCCGAGCUAAUUUCUACAGUAAUAUUGUUAUUCUCUUGUCAUAAUUUUGCUAUUUAUCUUAAUCAUUUUGAAGUUAUAAUCCCCUCUCCUGUUUUUAUUUGCAACCUACCAGUGUUCAAAUUUUGUAUACGUUGUUAUUGAGAGAUCAUUUUCGGCUCUCCUUAGUUUUUUUUAAAGCCCGUCCAAUUGACUAUUAUAAUCAUACAUCAUGAUACUGAGGAAUAUGUUUUAUUUAAACAAAGAAUUUCUUAAGUUUUUUCCACCCAAGUAACAGCUUCACAUGGCAAGUGCAGGCCAGGAGCUCAAAAUGUUUUAGAGGGCCAAUCAUUUCUAGUAAUUUAGCAGUUCUAAGUUGUAGCUAAAUGCUAGACUUAAUAAAUACUCAAUUUCUCAGAACAAUCUGUUCUGUUUGAAUAACUUUUCCUGUGUGAUGUGUAAAAAAAAAGACCGAAGAAAAGGUUAUGACAUCAGAUGUUCAAGUCACAGCCCAGAAUCUGUCUCAUUUUUACUCGCAAAUCAAGUGGUCUCAUAUUUCUGGUUUUUCUGCAGCGAGUAGCUGAAAGCAUUAUGUCAUGUUCUAAUUUUAAACGGGGAAAUUCCAACCGUUGGUAUGAAACAUUAUUUCUAAUGAAUUUAUUUCGAAAGUACAGGAAAUUUUUGAGCGACCACAAAAACAGACAAGGAAAAUGCACACGUCACUUUUAAAUUGUGAAAAAUUAAACAAUCGCAAAAUAAAAUGAUACUCAGUUUCAUUUUGUAAGUCCUAUAUUCAUCCUCAGUAGAACCAUAGGCCUGUAUAAGGUGAGGACAAAAUCCUCCUGACGUUUUGGACAGUUCAAUUUUGCAAACAUGAGGUCCCCUUUUCAAUUUUUUAUUAUUAUGACUGCAAUACGUAGACAAGCCAAAAUAUAUUCCUCAGAUCAUGAAUCUUGACUUAUUUCAGAAGGAAGUAUUAAAAUUUCAUUCACUUUACAGUAUUUUAUUUAUGCUUUUUAAAUUUAAAAUGAAUUCGAAUGAUGGAAGUAAGAAAAUACUGAUUUAGUGACUAUGUCAUUCGAUACAUUCAAUGGUUCCAACAAAUGGGCUACUUUGACAUCGAUUGCUUUACUGCACUUUUCAAGGGUGGCAUGACUCAAUGGAAAUAGAAUGAAUGGCAAAGUCGCGAAAUCAGUCUAAUGGACUCAGUCUCUAUUGAUCUUUUUCACUGUUCAUUCAUGAAUAUUAAUCAAACCAUCUAACCUUCAAUAAAAGGUUUUGAAGAUUUAUAGCUAUGUAUAAUUAAAAACUUAUAUUUUGCUACUGUUAAACUUUUUAAGCGAUUCUGUUUGCUUUAGAUUAUUUUAAGUACGUACUAGUAGCAUCACAAAUGAUUUUGUAAAGACUCUAUCAUCGAUAGCCAAUAUGUGGCUUUGUUCAUGAGAAUAGCUUACUGUUCAAACAUGCAUCACAUUUUCCUCUCAUCUGUUCAGUUAUCAAUGUGUAGCUUUGUUCAUUUGGAUACUAUUUAAACAUACAUCACAUUUUUUCUCUCUCAUUUCUCUGAUUAUAGUGUGUACUGUUUUUUUAAUGAUGUUACUUUUGAAGCACACUUCUAAGCAUGAGAACAAUAUCAGAAUAGCCAAAUUAUCUUUCAGUGUCUACUUAACUUGAGAAAAUAAAAUAGUUAAAUCUGUAGCAUACUCUCGAUUCUACGCCGAUUUUUCUUUUCUUUUUUUUCCUUCAAAUCCGGUGAUCAAUUUCAGCCCCACUUACUUAGUUUCCUCUUUUUUAAACAUUAAAGUAUGUGCUUCUUGCUUACUGUCCACUCAAAAGACGGUCAAUGGGUUGUUUUGUCUUGUCUUAUUAAUUUAUUUAUUGUAAUUUAUUUUAUUUAUUGUAGAAUAUUAGCUUACAUGUAUUUGUUUUGUUUACUUUUACUUUUGAGCAAAACUAAAAGAGGAAGUUUUGGAAAAAUGAACAUCCGUUUCAGUUUUGUCAGAAGUUGUCCUUGUACCUGAGAAAAAAUACCUAUCUCAAAUUUUCUUAUCUGUUAUUUUUAAAAUCAUAAUAACCCUUAUUUCCCUUUUUUUUGUGUUCUAGAGUUAAUUUUUAUUGAGGAGCAGGAGCGCAGAAAGCAGCUAUUUUUGUAAACACUCUUUCAUCUAAAAAAGAGUGAAAGACAGUACGAUACCUUAAUUUCACCUAAAUAACUUUUUGUUUGUAAAACACAUUUAUUUAAAAGUUUUCCUACACUCCUGAGUUACUGUCAAUUUUACUUAUGUGCUUGAAAAAAAAAAGGUCUUUUCAUGUUGCAGUUUUUCUAACUAACUUUCAACUGAUUAAUUCAGAUUUUUCCUGACAAACUUUUCCUUCUAAAACCGCUCUUAGGGAGGGGAUGGGGGGGGGGAAUGGGCUGUUAAAUUUUUUCCUCUAAAAGUGAGGGAAUAAAAUCAGUUUUAAUCUGUGGUUUCAAACUUAAAAUAAAUACAAAGAACAAAGGGUUUAAUUUAACUUGUGAAAAGUUCUGCACUUUUAGGAGGAAUCAUGUUUUCCUACCCUCUACUAAAUGAUUUUGUUAACCUUUUAUGAAGCAAAAACUCUGCCCUUAUUUUCUAGGGCUGAGGUUCACUAAUAUACAUCUUCAACUACAUAUUAAGUAAAGUUUUUUUUUAUUAUCAUGAUUUCUUGAAUAGAGAAAAGAAGUCUGCAUCUAUAGGUACUUCAUUAUUACAACUCUUAUUUUUUUGGCUUAAGAUAAUUUUUAUGGCUUGGUGUAGGUUUUGAAAUUUUUAUCAAAGUAAAUAAAUGUCAACUUAACUCAUGUGAUCAUCUGUCAGAAUAUUAUCCCCAUCAGUAUAUUAUGAAGAAUUCAUCUACCUAUUGCUCCUUAUUUGAACAUUAUUUGUUCACCAAUCGUAAAGUUUUUUAACUUGUUAUAUUAAAAUGUUUUUAAUGUGCAUAUACUAGUUAUAUAUAUAUUCUCCUGAUUUAGACUGCUAAUUAUUAAGAGUUCGCACUAUGUAAAUAAGGAAUAUAAUAAAUGAAUCAUUAAUCACAA